AUCUAUCAAGAGCUGCAUAGACCCCCUCAAAAUGCCCACCACUGUUUCAUCCACACGAAAUGUCAUCUUGUAUUUUGUUGCGCUGGUCCUUCCGCCGGUAGCAGUGUUUUUCAAACGUGGAUGUGCUGCAGACUUUUGGAUUAAUAUCUGUCUUACGAUCUUGGGUUGGAUACCAGGAGUCUUGCAUGCAUGGUACCUCAUUUCUCGGAGCGAGAGAGCAAUGUGACGUCUUGACGUCAUUGAAAUUACCGGUGACAACUCCCAAUUAUGGAAUUGAGUGGAAAUCGCGAGUGGUGACCAGGAAACAUGUUGUUCGAGUCGUCGACUGGCUUAGAAGGGGCUAUGCUUCUGGGUGGCACCACCCAUAUCAGUAAUCAGUAAUAGUACCGCGUACCUAUUUACCGUAAGGAAUAGCCUGAGCCUACCACAUCAAGAGUUUAAAUCGUCGUUCAAGCAUCGUUUUAUGAUCCCUAUUUAGUAUAGUCUCGGACGAGCUGUAUUUAGCAUGUAACUAGACCAAAAAUGUGUGCAACGGAGAACAAAUGCAACAA